AUGGUCCAAGCUCUGGGAGACCUGAAGGCUCCCUGGGCCAUGUCCUCAGCGGGUGAAGGUCCCAAGGCCACGAGCUACACCGUGGGUGCACAAGCCUUUAGUGGGAUCUUAGUGGGCAGCUGUGUGUUUCAGCACGGCAAUAUCUUUCUGGCUACGGGAAAGGAAGUGACCUCAACGCAGAAGUUCACGCCGAGACGCGAGACGCCUCCCGAUGCUCUCGCCUCCGUGAGGCCUUUCUCUGUGGGACGCGCGAGGGCGCAGAGGCAGCUACAGACCGCUCUCGCAACGCAGGAUGAGUGGGCAAAAGUGCGACGACUCGAGCAGGCAUUGGAGAGCCCCUGUGUGCGCUACGAGAGGGCGGCCACGCCGCGGCUCUCGCAGGUCACACGUGAGGCCCAGUCAGCCAGGAGGGAGCUCUUCAAGAAGGGCCUUCAGCCCAAACCUUCCGAGCCAGUAAAGCCAACUGCGCCUGCGAAGCCGGAGCCAGAACCCGUGGUCGUGGCAGCGCCCCUGAGCCCUGAGGAAGCGCAACGGAAGGAGGAGGAAGCAGCGGCUCUUCGCAUCCAGAGUCUUCACCGAGGGCGGAAAGAGCGUGAGGCUGUGAAGAAGAUGGUGGAUGAGGAGACCAAGGCAGCGAAACGCCCAGCUGCCCACUCUGCCGGUCACGGGGUGUCGAGUUCUUCUGUAGGAAGCCUCAAGAUUGGCUUGCAUUUGGCAGUGAGCUUUGCUGUGACACCUUCACCUCCAUCCGAUCAGCAGGAUCUGCUUUAUCGACGCCUUGGAGCUGAGAAAUUCUCGAAGCUCUUGGAUGAAGCAGAUGUGCUGACCAAGAAGUUCCAGACACGCAUUCAGAAAGCCCGAGGCUUUUUUCAAACAGCCAAUGGCAUCAUCUGGCACGUCACCCCAGACGGGGAAGUCAAGGGACUACACGCAGAUGGUUCGCGAAUCCGAGACCGAGUGCGGGUUGCUCCCGACGACACCCUGCAGAUUGGGCCUUUCCGGUUGGACGAAACGCGGGGAUGUCACUGUAUCCAUUGGUUGCGGAAGGAUGACCCUGACAAGUCUUGGAAUUGGUCCAGGGACAACACCCUCCGCACGCGAGUGCGGCUGGCCACCGGUGAGAGGGCGUAG